AUGGCCCUUCUACAGACGUCCCUGAUCUGGGUAGUCUAUGCAAUCGCAAUAGUCAUUUUGAUUACAGUCGCCUCUGUUUUCAUCUACAUAUACCAAACCCCUCGGGAUCGUUCCCCAUCUGUAACUUUGACCUGCAUCUUUGCCAUCACCACGUUUCUUGCAACUGUUCUCUUACUCCCAGUUGACAUCGCCCUCGUAUCAUCCACAACUUCAUCGGCAUUAGGCCGGCGGAAGGAUUGGGUUACCCAAAAUGAAGUGGACAAGAUCACGUUUUCCUUAACAGUUGCGUAUUAUUUCCUUUAUUCUUUGGAUGCCUUACUUUGUUUACUCGUGAUUCCGUUUACCUAUUUCUGGUGCGAAGAAUAUGACGAAGUUGCUGCCGAAACAAGAGAAGAAAGCGUCGGAAGUCGAUUCUGGGGUGCUCUCAAAUAUACCAUCUCGUUUGUUGCGAUUGUGGUUGUGUUGUUCCUUGUUGGAUUCUUUGUUCCUGUUUCCAACAAAGACAGCCAGCGUAUGGAUUAUUUUAAAAAACUGUUGACUGAAAAUCAUGGCGAGCGUGCGCUAACAUUUGCGCUGGGGCUGCUAACGACCAUCGGGCUAUGUCUAUAUGCCUUGUACACCUCUUGUGGUCUUGCCCUCCUUCCAAUGAGUCUAAUCAAGACGGCUCCUUCAGUUUCGAGUCCGACUUUGAAGGCGACUACAGUUACGCAACUUGAAUCAAAUCGCGAGCGGCAGCGCCAAUUAGAAGGUCGUUGUGGAGGAAAUCCAGAGCUUUUGCCUUCUAAAGACCGCAGGCAGUUAGACACUCUUGUCCGGGAGGAAAGGACUCUUAUUCGGCGCCAACGCUUGGUUGAAGAGGCUCAAGGAAAAGGUCGAAGUUGGUUUGUGAAAGUGUGGCUCAAAAUCGCCGCUGUCUUUCGGCCGUUCAAGCUCAUAAGCGGUAUUCUUUUGCUUCUUAUUGUACUGGCAACGUGGAUAUCCAUGCUGCUGACAGCAAUCGACAAGGCUAAAAAUUCUAUUUGCAAGCAUCGUUGUGGAUAUAUACUUGGACACGUUAAUGUUUUUAACCCCGCCAAUUGGGUUUUCGUUCAAUCUGCCAAGGUAUUCCCAGUGGAUUAUGCUAUUUUCACCCUUCUUGUGCUGCUGUUCUUUUGUAGCUCUGUUGUUGGCAUAGCUGUUGUUGGCAUUCGAUUCUUGUGGAUCAAAAUUUUUCAAAUCAGAAAAGGCCACACGUCUCCCCAAGCUCUCCUCUUAGCGACGGCUAUGUUGAUGUUGAUUAUACUGGCUUUGAAUUACUCGGUAUCCAUGAUCGUUGCACCCCAAUACGCAACAUUUGGACCGCAAACAUUCUGCGAUCGUGUUCCUGAUUCUGUCAGUGAAAAACCUGACUGCUCAAACAACAGACACCUUAUCAAACCAUGUUCGGAGUUGGCAGACAACCCAGCGGCAAAACUAGUAUGUACGCCAAGCAUUUCUAGUACAUUCCUCAAUCGAGUGACGAUGAAUUUCCCGUUUUUCGGUAUUGUAUUCUUCUGGGCUCAGUUCGCUUUUCUUGGUGUAUAUAUUGUUCUUUUCAUCACUUCUCUUUUUCGCUCACCAAGAUUGGAUGAGCGGCAGCUUGACGAGGACGCCGAAGAAGCUGAGGAGGAAGGCUUGUUAGCAAGCACUGGGAGACGCUUCGAUGCCACCUGGCAGGACAUCACUGGCAGAAUUGACAUGCACAAUGGUAGCUACACACCGCGAAACUGA